CCAAAUCUGCUUUGCCGAGAAAAGCAUCCCAGCGCUGUAGCUGAUAAUUCCGAGCUGGCUGUUAAAUGCGGAGCUUCCUAGGCGCUUGGCUGGCUCAGCCCAAUGCAGAAGUCUCCCCCUUCUCUCAAGACCCAAAUCCCUACAGAACCAGCUUUGGAGUUACUUUCCCUUCAAGGAGACUGAAAUAAUUGCGAUUUGUGGUGCUCUCAGUUCGCGGUGGUAUUUUCCUGUUGUGUUAAAUGCUUCUUACUAAGUAAUAGAUGUGAUUUAUGUGGACGACGAAGGGGUGUGUGGUGGAUUCGGUGAUUAAUCAGUGAAUUCCCAUCCGCUGGCAUCUCUCACUGCCCCUCUUUGCGUGAUGUAAGAUCAGACGUACCCUGCAUUGAAAAGUCAAGACACAGGAGCGGCUCGCUGGCGCUCACACACACUCUCUCUCUCCCCCACGCGCGCAUCCGUACACCUUCCACAUCCUGCUCCAGGCAGGAGAAGGCGGACUGGCUGGGCUCAUUGAGCUGAAGAAUUUCCAGUGACAUUUGUAAAUGACGCUGCUCGAUUCGGAGCUCCGAGCCGCCGCCGCCGCCGGGCCGAGGGCGCCGCGGAGCAGUCUCCAGCGCAGGCUUCCUUACCGAGCGACCACAAUGUCCGAGUUUCUCCUCGCCUUACUCACUCUCUCGGGAUUAUUGCCUGUCGCCCAGGUGCUGACCGUGGGAGCAGACCGAGAUCAGCAAUUGUGUGAUCCUGGUGAAUUUCUUUGCCACGAUCAUGUGACUUGUGUCUCCCAGAGCUGGCUGUGUGAUGGGGACCCUGACUGCCCUGAUGAUUCAGACGAGUCUUUAGAUACCUGUCCUGAAGAGGUAGAACUCAAGUGCCCCUUGAAUCACAUUGCUUGCCUUGGUACCAACAAAUGUGUUCAUUUAUCCCAACUGUGCAACGGUGUCUUGGACUGCUCAGAUGGGUAUGAUGAAGGACUGCAUUGUCAGGAACUGUUAUCCAAUUGUCAGCAGUUGAACUGUCAGUAUAAAUGUGCAAUGGUCAAAAAUAGUACAAGAUGUUACUGUGAGGAUGGAUUUGAAGUAAAAGAAGAUGGGAGAAGCUGUAGAGAUCAAGAUGAAUGUGCUAUUUAUGGCGCAUGCAGCCAGACCUGCAUAAAUACAUAUGGUUCCUAUGCCUGCAGUUGUGUGGAGGGCUACAUAAUGCAGCCAGACAACAGAUCUUGCAAAGCCAAAAAUGAACCUACAGAUAGGUUGCCUAUGCUAUUAAUUGCAAAUUCUGAAACAAUUGAGGUUUUCUAUCUCAAUGGAAGUAAAAUGGCAACCUUGAGCUCAGUCAAUGGAAAUGAAAUUCAUACUCUGGAUUUUAUUUAUAACAAAGACAUGAUUUGUUGGAUUGAAUCAAGAGAAUCUUCAAAUCAGCUCAAAUGUAUCCAGAUAACAAAAACAGGAAGAUUAACAGAUGAGUGGACAAUCAAUAUUCUUCAGUCCUUUCACAAUGUGCAACAAAUGGCGAUUGACUGGCUUACCAGAAAUCUCUAUUUCGUGGACCAUGUCAGUGACCGGAUCUUUGUUUGUAAUUACAAUGGGACUGUAUGUGUCACCCUGAUUGACCUGGAGCUUCAUAAUCCUAAGGCAAUAGCAGUAGAUCCAAUAGCAGGAAAACUUUUCUUUACUGACUAUGGGAAUGUGGCCAAAGUGGAGCGAUGUGACAUGGAUGGGCUGAAUAGAACAAGGAUAAUUGAUUCAAAGACAGAGCAGCCAGCUGCACUGGCACUAGACCUAGUCAACAAAUUGGUUUACUGGGUAGAUCUUUACUUGGACUAUGUGGAAGUGGUGGACUAUCAAGGAAAAAACAGACAUACUAUCAUUCAAGGCAGACAAGUCAGACAUCUUUAUGGCAUAACUGUGUUUGAAGACUAUUUAUAUGCAACCAAUUCUGAUAACUUCAAUAUCAUAAGGAUAAACCGAUUUAAUGGCACAGAUAUUCAUUCAUUAAUUAAAAUGGAAAAUGCUCGAGGAAUCCGAAUUUAUCAAAAAAGAACUCAACCAACAGUCAGAAGCCAUGCAUGUGAAGUGGAUCCAUAUGGAAUGCCCGGGGGAUGCUCACACAUCUGUCUGCUCAGCAGCAGUUACAAAACACGGACCUGUCGCUGCAGGACGGGCUUCAACUUGGGAAGUGAUGGCAGGUCGUGCAAAAGACCGAAGAAUGAGUUGUUCCUCUUUUAUGGGAAAGGACGCCCAGGAAUUGUUAGAGGAAUGGACUUGAAUACCAAGAUAGCUGAUGAAUACAUGAUCCCCAUAGAGAAUCUGGUAAACCCUCGUGCCUUAGAUUUCCACGCAGAAACCAAUUAUAUCUACUUUGCUGACACCACCAGUUUCCUAAUUGGCCGGCAGAAGAUAGAUGGCACAGAGAGAGAAACCAUCCUGAAAGAUGAUCUGGAUAACGUGGAAGGCAUUGCUGUGGACUGGAUUGGAAAUAACCUUUACUGGACAAAUGAUGGCCAUAGGAAGACCAUUAAUGUGGCCAGGCUGGAAAAAGCUUCUCAGAGUCGGAAGACUCUUUUAGAAGGAGAAAUGUCCCAUCCCAGAGGGAUUGUGGUGGAUCCUGUUAAUGGUUGGAUGUAUUGGACAGACUGGGAGGAAGAUGAAAUAGAUGACAGCGUGGGAAGGAUUGAGAAGGCCUGGAUGGAUGGCUUCAAUCGGCAGAUUUUUGUGACUUCAAAGAUGCUGUGGCCAAACGGUUUAACUCUGGACUUUCACACCAACACAUUAUACUGGUGUGACGCCUAUUAUGAUCAUAUUGAAAAAGUGUUUUUGAAUGGAACUCACAGGAAGGUUGUUUACAGUGGGAAAGAGUUGAACCAUCCUUUCGGACUGUCGCAUCAUGGGAAUUAUGUGUUCUGGACUGAUUAUAUGAACGGUUCCAUUUUUCAGCUAGAUUUGGUAACAAAUGAGGUGACAUUAUUGAGGCAUGAAAGACCACCCCUAUUUGGGCUGCAGAUUUAUGAUCCACGAAAGCAACAAGGUAUUAAAAACCAUAUAAAAAUUCUAUUGACUUCUACCUACGGUGACAAUAUGUGCCGAGGAAAUAAUGGGGGCUGUAGUACACUGUGCUUGGCUAUUCCAGGAGGCCGAGUCUGUGCCUGUGCUGAUAAUCAACUUUUAGAUGAAAACGGGACAACUUGCACAUUUAAUCCUGGAGAAAUACUGCCUCACAUAUGCAAAGCUGGAGAAUUCCGCUGUAAAAACAGACACUGUAUCCAAGCUCGCUGGAAAUGUGAUGGUGAUGAUGACUGUCUAGAUGGAAGUGAUGAAGAUUCAGUAAAUUGCUUCAAUCAUAGCUGUCCUGAUGAUCAGUUUAAAUGCAAGAAUAAUCGCUGUAUCCCCAAGAGAUGGCUCUGUGAUGGAGCUAAUGAUUGUGGAAGCAAUGAAGACGAAUCCAAUCAAACUUGUGCAGCCAGAACAUGCCAGGUGGACCAGUUUUCUUGUGGAAACGGCAGGUGCAUUCCCAGAGCAUGGCUAUGUGACAGGGAAGACGACUGUGGCGACCAGACAGACGAAAUGGCAUCUUGCGAAUUUCCAACUUGUGAGCCACUAACUCAAUUUAUAUGUAAAAGUGGAAGAUGCAUUAGCAGCAAAUGGCACUGCGACUCUGAUGAUGACUGUGGGGAUGGCAGUGACGAGGUUGGCUGUGUUCACUCUUGCUUGGAGAAUCAGUUCAGAUGUUCUAGUGGCCGAUGCAUCCCAGGACAUUGGGCCUGUGAUGGUGACAAUGACUGUGGAGACUUCAGUGAUGAAGCCCAAACCAAUUGUACCAGGGAAGAGAUUCGUUCUCCUGCUGGUUGUAACGGGAAUGAAUUUCAGUGCCAUCCUGAUGGAAAUUGCAUUCCUGAUCUGUGGCGCUGUGAUGGGGAAAAAGAUUGUGAAGAUGGUAGCGAUGAAAAAGGCUGCAAUGGGACAUUACGACUGUGUGAUCAUAAAACCAAGUUUUCCUGUCGGAGUACAGGGAGAUGCAUCAACAAAGCAUGGAUAUGUGAUGGAGAUAUUGAUUGUGAAGAUCAGUCAGAUGAAGAUGAUUGUGACAGUUUUUUAUGUGGACCACCUAAGUACCCUUGUGCUAAUGACACUUCAGCCUGCCUUCAGCCAGAGAAACUCUGCAAUGGGAGAAGGGACUGUCCAGAUGGGUCUGAUGAAGGCGAUCUCUGUGAUGAAUGUUCACUGAACAAUGGAGGCUGUAGCGAUCACUGUUCUGUUGUUCCUGGAAGAGGAAUUGUCUGUUCCUGUCCUGAAGGACUUCAGCUCAACAAAGACAAUAAAACGUGUGAAAUUAUAGAUUAUUGUAGCAAUCAUCUAAAGUGCAGUCAAGUGUGUGAGCAGCACAAGCACACAGUCAAGUGUUCAUGCUAUGAAGGGUGGAAGCUGGAUGUGGAUGGGGAAAGUUGCACAAGUGUUGAUCCCUUUGAAGCAUUUAUCAUCUUUUCUAUUCGUCAUGAGAUCAGAAAGAUCGAUCUUCAUAAAAGAGACUAUAGUCUACUUGUUCCUGGGUUGAGAAACACAAUAGCACUUGAUUUUCACUUCAAUCAAAGUUUACUUUAUUGGACGGAUGUUGUAGAAGACAGGAUAUACCGGGGCAAGCUUUCUGAAAGUGGAGGGGUCAGUGCAAUAGAAGUGGUUGUGGAGCAUGGCUUGGCUACCCCAGAAGGACUGACCGUCGACUGGAUAGCAGGCAAUAUAUACUGGAUAGACAGCAAUCUGGACCAAAUUGAAGUCGCCAAACUUGAUGGCUCCUUAAGAACUACACUAAUUGCUGGAGCCAUGGAACACCCCAGGGCCAUUGCUUUGGACCCAAGAUAUGGAAUUCUUUUCUGGACAGAUUGGGAUGCCAAUUUUCCUCGCAUUGAAUCUGCCUCCAUGAGUGGAGCUGGAAGAAAAACCAUCUACAAAGACAUGAAAACUGGAGCUUGGCCUAAUGGACUAACUGUGGACCACUUUGAAAAAAGGAUAGUUUGGACAGAUGCCAGGUCAGAUGCUAUUUAUUCAGCCCUCUAUGAUGGGACAGCCAUGAUAGAAAUCAUUCGAGGUCAUGAAUAUCUUUCCCAUCCCUUUGCUGUGUCUUUAUAUGGGAGUGAGGUCUACUGGACGGACUGGAGGACCAACACACUGUCAAAAGCCAAUAAGUGGACAGGGCAGAACGUCAGCGUGAUUCAGAAGACAAGUGCACAGCCAUUUGACCUUCAGAUAUACCACCCCAGCCGUCAGCCCCAGGCUCCCAAUCCCUGUGCAGCUAAUGAUGGCAAAGGACCCUGCUCUCAUAUGUGUCUGAUCAAUCAUAAUAGGAGUGCUGCUUGUGCAUGCCCCCACUUGAUGAAACUUUCCUCAGACAAGAAGACCUGCUAUGAAAUGAAAAAAUUUCUUCUAUAUGCAAGGCGUUCUGAAAUCAGAGGAGUGGAUAUUGAUAAUCCAUAUUUUAACUUUAUCACGGCCUUUACAGUCCCUGAUAUUGAUGAUGUUACUGUGAUAGACUUUGAUGCAUCUGAAGAACGUUUAUACUGGACAGAUAUUAAAACACAAACCAUUAAACGGGCUUUUAUUAAUGGAACUGGGUUGGAAACUGUUAUUUCAAGAGAUAUUCAGAGUAUCAGAGGGCUAGCAGUGGAUUGGGUCUCACGUAAUUUAUACUGGGUUAGCUCCGAAUUUGAUGAAACACAAAUUAAUGUAGCACGACUAGAUGGCUCUUUGAAAACCUCAAUUAUCCAUGGAAUCGAUAAGCCACAGUGUCUUGCAGCUCACCCAGUCAGGGGGAAACUCUACUGGACAGAUGGAAACACAAUUAACAUGGCAAACAUGGAUGGCAGUAACAGCAAGAUUCUCUUUCAGAAUCAAAAGGAACCAGUUGGUCUAUCGAUAGACUAUGUGGAAAACAAGCUUUAUUGGAUCAGUUCGGGAAAUGGAACCAUAAAUAGAUGCAACCUGGAUGGUGGUAAUUUAGAAGUAAUAGAGUCAAUGAAAGAAGAAUUAACAAAAGCUACAGCCCUAACCAUCAUGGAUAUGAAACUGUGGUGGGCAGACCAAAACUUAGCUCAGCUGGGAACCUGCAGCAAAAGAGAUGGAAGAAACCCCACUGUCCUGCGAAAUAAGACUUCUGGGGUUGUUCAUAUGAAAGUGUAUGAUAAAGAAGCACAGCAAGGCAGCAAUUCCUGCCAACUAAAUAAUGGCGGAUGCUCUCAACUUUGUUUACCAACAUCUGAAACCACAAGGACUUGCAUGUGUACAGUGGGAUAUUAUCUCCAAAAGAACCGCAUGUCAUGUCAAGGUAUAGAGUCAUUUCUUAUGUACUCUGUUCAUGAAGGAAUCAGGGGAAUACCUCUGGAACCAAGUGACAAAAUGGAUGCUUUGAUGCCUAUAUCAGGAACUUCAUUUGCUGUUGGGAUAGAUUUCCAUGCAGAAAAUGAUACCAUCUACUGGACAGACAUGGGCUUCAAUAAAAUUAGCCGAGCUAAAAGAGAUCAGACUUGGAAAGAAGAUAUCAUUACCAAUGGCUUGGGAAGAGUGGAGGGGAUAGCUAUUGACUGGAUUGCUGGUAACAUAUAUUGGACAGAUCAUGGUUUCAACUUAAUUGAAGUUGCAAGACUCAAUGGCUCUUUCCGUUAUGUAAUUAUUUCCCAAGGCCUGGAUCAACCAAGAUCUAUAGCUGUGCACCCAGAGAAAGGUUACUUGUUCUGGACUGAAUGGGGACAGAUGCCUUGCAUUGGAAAGGCUCGCUUAGAUGGCUCAGAGAAGGUUAUCCUUGUAAGCAUGGGAAUAGCAUGGCCAAAUGGUAUCUCCAUUGACUAUGAGGAAAACAAAUUGUACUGGUGUGAUGCUCGUACAGACAAAAUAGAAAGAAUCGACCUUGAGACUGGAGGGAAUCGUGAGAUGGUGCUGUCAGGGAGCAAUGUGGAUAUGUUUUCAGUUGCAGUCUUUGGGGCUUACAUCUACUGGUCUGACAGAGCACAUGCCAACGGGUCCAUCAGAAGAGGCCACAAGAAUGAUGCCACAGAAACCAUAACCAUGAGAACAGGUCUUGGAGUCAACCUGAAGGAAGUUAAAAUCUUUAAUCGAGUAAGAGAGAAAGGGACCAAUAUUUGUGCCAAAGACAAUGGUGGAUGUCAGCAACUCUGUCUUUAUAGAGGAAAUUCUCGGAGAACUUGCACUUGUGCCCAUGGAUAUUUGGCAGAGGAUGGAGUUACUUGCCUAAGGCAUGAAGGCUAUUUGCUGUAUUCAGGGAGAACAAUAUUAAAAAGUAUACAUCUUUCUGAUGAAACCAAUUUAAAUUCACCAAUAAGGCCAUAUGAGAAUCCACAUUAUUUCAAGAAUGUCAUAGCCUUGGCUUUUGACUACAAUCAAAGAAGAAAAGGUACCAACCGAAUCUUUUACAGUGAUGCACACUUUGGAAAUAUACAGCUUAUUAAAGAUAACUGGGAAGAUAGACAAGUAAUCGUUGAAAAUGUGGGCUCUGUUGAAGGACUUGCCUAUCACAGGGCUUGGGAUACACUGUACUGGACCAGCUCCACUACCUCAUCCAUCACCAGACACACAGUGGACCAGAAGCGACCAGGAGCAUUUGACAGGGAAGCAGUCAUUACCAUGUCAGAGGAUGACCACCCACAUGUGCUAGCCCUGGAUGAAUGCCAAAAUUUAAUGUUUUGGACCAACUGGAAUGAACAGCAUCCAAGUAUCAUGAGAUCUACCCUGACUGGGAAGAACGCUCAAGUGGUGGUCAGUACAGACAUACUCACUCCAAAUGGUCUCACUAUUGACCACCGUGCAGAGAAGCUAUAUUUCUCAGAUGGCAGCCUGGGAAAAAUUGAAAGAUGUGAAUAUGAUGGAUCCCAGAGACAUGUGAUUGUUAAAUCUGGGCCAGGAACUUUCCUCAGUUUAGCUGUUUAUGACAAUUAUAUCUUCUGGUCAGACUGGGGAAGAAGAGCUAUUCUGCGUUCCAACAAAUACACAGGGGGAGAUACAAAAAUUCUUCGUUCUGAUAUUCCACAUCAACCAAUGGGAAUCAUAGCUGUUGCCAAUGACACCAAUAGCUGUGAACUUUCUCCGUGUUCCUUAUUAAAUGGAGGUUGCCAUGACCUGUGCCUUUUAACUCCUAAUGGGAGAGUAAAUUGUUCCUGCAGGGGGGAUCGAAUAUUGCUAGAUGACAACAGAUGUGUGACUAAAAAUUCAUCUUGCAACAUGUAUUCAGAGUUUGAGUGUGGAAACGGAGAGUGUAUUGACUAUGAGCUCACCUGUGACGGCGUGCCUCACUGUAAAGAUAAGUCAGAUGAAAAACUGCUCUACUGUGAAAACAGAAGCUGUCGACAAGGUUUCAGACCCUGCGACAACCGUCGUUGCAUUCCUCACAGCAAGUUAUGUGACGGUGAAAAUGACUGCGGGGACAAUUCUGAUGAAUUGGACUGUAAAGUUUCCACCUGUGCUGCUGUUGAAUUCCGUUGUGCCGACGGGACAUGCAUUCCAAGAUCAGCACGAUGCAACCAGAACAUAGAUUGUACAGACGCUUCAGAUGAAAAGAACUGCAAUAAUACAGACUGUACACAUUUCUAUAAACUUGGAGUGAAAACCACAGGGUUUAUAAGAUGUAAUUCGACCUCACUGUGUGUCCUGCCAAGCUGGAUAUGUGACGGGUCUAAUGACUGUGGGGACUACUCAGAUGAAUUAAAAUGCCCAGUUCAAAACAAACACAAAUGUGAAGAAAAUUAUUUUGGUUGUCCUAGUGGAAGAUGCAUUUUGAAUACCUGGAUAUGUGAUGGGCAGAAAGAUUGUGAGGAUGGACUUGAUGAAUUCCAUUGUGAUUCUUCUUGUUCUUGGAACCAAUUUGCUUGUUCUGCACAAAAAUGCAUAUCUAAACAUUGGAUCUGUGAUGGAGAGGAUGAUUGCGGGGAUGGAUUAGAUGAAAGUGAUAGCAUUUGUGGUGCUACCACCUGCGCGGUCGACAUGUUCAGCUGCCAGGGAUCCCAUGCCUGUGUGCCGCGACACUGGCUUUGUGACGGUGAAAGGGACUGUCCAAAUGGAAGUGAUGAGCUCUCCACAGCUGGCUGCGCCCCCAAUAAUACAUGUGAUGAAAAUGCUUUCAUGUGUCAUAAUAAAGUGUGCAUCCCCAAGCAAUUUGUCUGUGACCAUGAUGAUGACUGUGGAGAUGGCUCUGAUGAGUCACUGCAGUGUGGAUACCGACAGUGCAAUGCAGAAGAAUUUAGUUGUGCUGAUGGACGAUGUCUCUUAAAUACUCAAUGGCAGUGUGAUGGAGACUUUGAUUGCCCUGAUCAUUCUGAUGAAGCACCUUUAAAUCCAAAGUGCAAAAGUGCAGAACAGUCAUGCAACAGUUCAUUUUUUAUGUGCAAAAAUGGCAGGUGCAUUCCCAUUGGAGGUCUUUGUGACAAUAAAGAUGACUGUGGCGAUGGCUCAGAUGAGAGAAACUGCCAUAUAAAUGAAUGCUUGAGUAAGAAAGUCAGUGGAUGUUCUCAAGAUUGUCAGGACCUUCCAGUCAGUUACAAGUGCAAAUGCUGGCCUGGAUUCCAACUGAAGGAUGAUGGUAAAACAUGUGUAGACAUUGAUGAAUGCUCCUUGGGAUUUCCGUGUAGCCAGCAGUGCAUCAAUACAUAUGGGACCUACAAGUGCCUCUGUACAGAUGGCUAUGAAAUACAACCUGAUAACCCACAUGGCUGCAAAUCACUCUCAGAUGAAGAACCUUUUCUAAUUCUGGCUGAUCAUCAUGAAAUAAGGAAAAUUAGCACUGAUGGCUCCAACUAUACACUUUUGAAACAGGGAUUAAACAAUGUUAUUGCUAUAGAUUUUGAUUACAGAGAAGAAUUCAUCUAUUGGAUUGAUUCUAGCCGACCCAAUGGCAGCCGCAUAAAUAGAAUGUGUUUAAAUGGAACUGACCUUAAGGUAGUGCAUAACACAGCUGUCCCCAAUGCACUUGCUGUCGAUUGGAUUGGAAAAAACCUCUAUUGGUCUGACACAGAAAAGAGGAUCAUUGAAGUAUCCAAACUCAACGGUUUAUACCCUACUAUACUUGUUAGCAAAAGGCUGAAAUUCCCCCGGGACCUGUCUUUGGAUCCUCGAGCUGGGUAUUUGUAUUGGAUUGACUGCUGUGAGUAUCCUCACAUUGGCCGUGUUGGAAUGGAUGGAACCAAUCAGAGUGUUGUCAUAGAAACCAAGAUUUCUAGACCCAUGGCACUAACAAUAGAUUAUGUCAACCAUAGACUCUACUGGGCUGAUGAAAAUCAUAUUGAAUUUAGCAACAUGGAUGGAUCUCAUAGACAUAAAGUCCCUAAUCAAGAUAUUCCAGGGGUGAUUGCACUAACAUUGUUUGAAGACUACAUCUACUGGACUGAUGGGAAAACCAAGUCACUCAGCCGUGCCCAUAAAACCUCGGGAGCAGACAGACUCUCACUGAUUAACUCAUGGCAUGCCAUCACAGAUAUCCAGGUGUAUCAUUCUUAUAGACAACCCGAUGUCUCCAAACAUCUCUGUAUGAUAAAUAAUGGUGGUUGCAGUCAUCUGUGCCUUUUAGCCCCUGGAAAGACUCAUACCUGUGCAUGUCCCACCAACUUCUAUCUUGCAACUGACAAUAGGACUUGCUUAUCCAAUUGCACAGCCAGUCAGUUUCGGUGCAAAACUGAUAAAUGUAUUCCAUUCUGGUGGAAAUGUGACACUGUGGAUGACUGUGGCGAUGGAUCUGACGAACCUGACGACUGUCCUGAAUUUAAAUGUCAGCCAGGCCGGUUUCAGUGUGGCACUGGGCUCUGUGCUCUGCCAGCUUUCAUCUGUGAUGGAGAGAAUGACUGUGGUGACAAUUCUGAUGAACUCAACUGUGACACACAUGUCUGCCUGUCAGGUCAGUUCAAGUGUACAAAGAACCAAAAAUGCAUCCCAGUAAACCUCAGAUGUAAUGGACAAGACGACUGUGGGGAUGAAGAAGAUGAAAGGGACUGUCCUGAAAACAGCUGUUCUCCAGACUAUUUCCAGUGUAAAACAACUAAACAUUGCAUUUCCAAGCUGUGGGUUUGUGAUGAGGAUCCCGACUGUGCAGAUGCAUCAGAUGAGGCCAACUGUGAUAAAAAGACUUGUGGGCCUCAUGAAUUCCAGUGUAGAAACAACAACUGUAUUCCAGAUCACUGGCGGUGUGAUAGCCAAAAUGACUGCAGUGAUAAUUCAGAUGAAGAAAACUGUAAGCCACAGACCUGCACACUGAAAGAUUUUCUCUGUGCCAAUGGGGACUGUGUUUCUUCAAGGUUCUGGUGUGAUGGAGAUUUUGACUGUGCAGAUGGCUCUGACGAGAGAAAUUGUGAGACAAGUUGUUCCAAAGAUCAGUUCCAGUGUUCCAACGGUCAGUGUAUAUCAGCAAAAUGGAAAUGUGAUGGCCAUGAAGACUGUAAAUAUGGAGAAGAUGAGAAACACUGUGAGCCAGCUUCUCCUACUUGCUCAUCAAGUGAAUAUAUAUGUGCAAGCAGAGGAUGUAUUUCAGCAUCUUUGAAAUGUAAUGGAGAAUAUGACUGUGCUGAUGGUUCUGAUGAGAUGGACUGUGUGACUGAAUGUAAGGAAGAUCAGUUUCGAUGCAGAAAUAAAGCCCACUGUAUUCCAAUUAGAUGGCUCUGUGAUGGCAUUCAUGACUGUGUGGAUGGCAGUGAUGAAGAGAACUGUGACAGAGGAGGAAAUAUAUGUAGAUCAGAUGAGUUUCUCUGCAAUAAUUCCCUUUGCAAACUACAUUUCUGGGUGUGUGAUGGAGAAGACGACUGCGGAGACAACUCUGAUGAAGCCCCCGAUAUGUGUGCCAAAUUUCUUUGCCCACCCACAAGACCUUACAGAUGCAGAAAUAACAGAAUAUGCCUGCAGCCUGAGCAAAUGUGCAAUGGGAUUGAUGACUGUGGGGACAACUCUGAUGAAGAUCACUGUGGUGGUAAGCUUACAUAUAAAGCAAGACCGUGUAAAAAAGAUGAGUUUACUUGCAGCAAUAAAAAAUGUAUCCCCAUGGACUUCCAGUGUGAUCAACUUGAUGACUGUGGAGAUGGUUCAGAUGAGCAAGGCUGCAGAAUAACUCCCGCUGAAUAUACCUGUGAAGAUAAUGUGAAUCCAUGUGGAGAUGAUGCAUAUUGUAAUCAAAUAAAGGCAUCUGUUUUUUGUCGCUGUAAGCCUGGAUUUCAGAGAAACAUGAAAAACAGACAGUGUGAAGAUCUUAAUGAAUGUUUGUUGUUUGGCACAUGUUCCCACCAAUGUAUCAAUAUGGAAGGGUCAUAUAAAUGUGUGUGUGACCAGAAUUUUCAGGAAAAGAAUAACACCUGCAUAGCAAAAGGCUCUGAAGAUCAAGUUCUCUACAUUGCUAAUGACACUGAUAUCCUGGGUUUUAUAUAUCCAUUCAACUACAGUGGUGAUCAUCAACAAAUUUCUCAUAUUGAACAUAAUUCAAGGAUAACAGGGAUGGAUGUAUAUUAUCAAAGAGAUAUGAUUAUUUGGAGUACUCAGUUUAAUCCAGGCGGAAUUUUCUACAAAAGGAUCCAUGGCAGAGAAAAAAGGCAAGCAAACAGUGGCUUGAUUUGUCCUGAAUUUAAAAGGCCCAGGGACAUUGCAGUUGACUGGGUUGCUGGAAAUAUUUAUUGGACUGAUCAUUCUAGAAUGCACUGGUUCAGUUACUACACCACUCACUGGACCAGUCUGAGGUACUCUAUCAAUGUGGGGCAGCUGAAUGGCCCCAACUGCACCAGACUCUUAACAAACAUGGCUGGAGAACCCUAUGCUAUCGCCGUAAAUCCUAAAAGAGGGAUGAUGUACUGGACUGUCAUUGGGGACCACUCCCACAUAGAAGAAGCAGCCAUGGACGGUACUCUGAGAAGGAUUUUAGUACAAAAGAAUCUGCAAAGACCCACAGGUCUGGCUGUGGAUCAUUUUAGUGAGCGAAUAUACUGGGCUGACCUUGAGCUUUCUAUUAUUGGCAGUGUUCUGUAUGAUGGCUCUGAUUCAGUAAUCUCUGUCAGUAGCAAACAAGGUUUGUUACAUCCACACAGGAUUGAUGUCUUUGAAGAUUAUAUAUAUGGAGCAGGACCUAAAAACGGUGUAUUUCGAGUACAAAAAUUUGGCCAUGGUUCAGUAGAAUACCUACCUUUAGAUAUUGAUAAAACAAAAGGUGUUUUGAUAUCUCAUCGCUAUAAACAACUAGACUUGCCCAAUCCAUGCUUGGACUUAGUAUGUGAAUUCCUGUGUUUGCUGAAUCCCUUUGGAGCUACCUGUGUGUGCCCAGAAGGCAAAUAUUUGGUUAAUGGUACUUGCAAUGAUGACAGCCUACUAGAUGAUUCAUGCAAAUUGACUUGUGAAAAUGGAGGAAGAUGCAUUUUAAAUGAGAAGGGUGACUUGAGGUGUCACUGUUGGCCUAGUUACUCAGGAGACAGAUGUGAAGUCAAUCACUGUAGCAACUACUGCCAAAAUGGAGGAACCUGUAUACCCUCAGCUCUGGGGAGACCCACCUGCAGCUGUGCACUGGGGUUCACGGGACAAAACUGUGGUAAGACUGUCUGUGAGGACUUUUGUCAAAAUGGAGGGACCUGCAGUGUGACUGCUGGGAACCAGCCCUACUGCCACUGCCAGCCCGAACACACUGGAGACAGAUGUCAGUACUAUGUGUGUCACCACUACUGUGUGAAUUCUGAAUCCUGUACCAUUGGCGAUGACGGAAGUGUUGACUGUGUCUGUCCAACACGCUAUGAAGGUCCAAAAUGUGAGGUUGACAAAUGUAUAAGGUGCCAUGGAGGGCAUUGUAUUAUAAAUAAAGACAGUGAAGAUAUAUUUUGCAACUGCACUAAUGGAAAGAUUGCCUCUAGCUGUCAGUUAUGUGAUGGUUACUGUUACAAUGGUGGCACAUGCCAGCUGGACCCUGAGACAAAUGUACCUGUGUGUCUAUGCUCUGUGGGGUUUAAAAGUCAGCGCUGUGACCAGAAAGAGAACCCUUGUGAUCACUACUGUCAGAAUGAGGGGAUUUGCACUUUAACUGCGUUUAAUGAGCCAAGAUGCAAAUGCUCCACCAACUGGUCAGGCACACAGUGUGAGAGACCAGCCCCAAAGAGCAGCAAGUCUGAUCAUAUUAACACAAGAAGCAUUGCCAUCAUUGUACCUCUAGUUCUCCUGGUGACUUUGAUAACCACCUUAGUAAUUGGUUUAGUGCUUUGUAAAAGAAAAAGAAGGACAAAAACUAUUAGAAGACAACCUAUUAUCAAUGGAGGAAUCAAUGUAGAAAUUGGGAAUCCAUCUUAUAACAUGUAUGAGGUGGAUCAUGAUCAUAACGAUGGAGGUCUUCUAGAUCCUGGUUUUAUAGUAGAUGCAACAAAGGCCAGGUAUAUAGGGGGAGGGUCCAGUGCUUUCAAGCUUCCACACACAGCGCCUCCCAUCUACCUAAACUCUGAUUUGAAAGGACCACUCACUGCUGGGACAACAAAUUACUCCAAUCCAGUGUAUGCAAAACUAUAUAUGGAUGGGCAAAAUUGUCGGAACUCCUUAGGAAGUGUUGAUGAAAGGAAAGAACUGCUUCCAAAGAAAAUAGAAAUUGGGAUAAGGGAGACAGUGGCAUAAUCAGUGAUACCUUUUAUAUGCUGUAAAAAUGUAUAAAAUAUAAGGAUUACUUUUGUAUGUUCCAACAGUAUUAUACUUGUUUUGGCAUCAGCAUUACCUCCUUCUUUAUCUUUCUCCUGGCUAAUUGUUUUCUGAGUUCUCUGGGUUUUACUUUUUGCUGAUGACUAUUGAUUGACCAUUUGUAUGGUAUUUUUAUGAAAAAGAACUGCACUACAAUACAAUUUACAACAAUGCUGCUGAUAUGAUUCACCUUUGGAUUUGUUAAAAUUAAAACAACAUAUUCCUUUGUAGUGUGAAUAUGAGCAAUCUAUUUUAUAUGAACUUUUUUGUUUCUACUUAUUCAACGAAGAGAAUCUCUGCACUUUUUCAUUAUAUGGUCUGAAAGCUGUAAUACAAUGUCAUUUUACUUUUCCAUUUAAACUGAUGGAAGAAUGAUUGAAUGGUCAACUCUCUUCUUUGUGCCCAUUAAGGUUGAUUCAGACUACUGAAAAUAUCUAGCCCUCACAAGUCCAGCAUCACCUGCUUUGAAAUUAGCCUUAGAUUGCCAAGCGAUAGAUGAAAAUUUUGAGGAAAAACUUUAAAAAUAUAUACAAUUAAUAAUUUGCAUGAAUACCUAUGACUACGUUUGCCAAAAUUUAAUGGACUGUAUGUGAUAUACUAAACAUAUACACCCUAUAAACAACAGUUAUAUUUAGGUGGUAGAACAUAGCAAAAAUAUAACCAGAAGUGGAAAGACCACACUUGCUAUGGGAUAAGACCUUUUGUUCUCCCUCGGUCCUGAGGUAAAUAGCCAGCCUAGAGCACAACAGGGCAAUGGGUACUCAUGCCUUAGGAAGUUCUUCCUAGUCAUGUGCAUUUUGUGGAAGAUUAACCCAAUCCUUUACAACACAGAACACAGAACAAUAAUAUAUAAGCACACAAAUUGAUGACAGAACUUCUAUUAUGUGAAUGCAUUCUCUUUGCUAGGUCAAGAGAAAGAGGUAAAGCAGCCAUUAUAGUAUAGAGUAGUUGGUAAAUAUUUUCAAUAUACAGUAUGACUAAUCCAAUAUUUGCCCUAUUCAAAAUAUAUUCUUAAGUGACUUAAGGUUAUAGAAGAACAAUUAUUUGUCCAUAAUCAAAGGUGGAGAGUGUAAAUGCUGACCAGUUACUCUGGUACUCUAGUUUCUUUUGGUUAUGCAAAAUACAUGGACCCCAUUCACUUUUUUGUUUGUUUGUUUUCAAAUUUUGAUUGAAAUAAGUACGAUUUAUUUAAGUUGUAUAAAAAAGGAUAGCAUUUUUAUACGGAUAUCUUUAAAGGCACAAAAGAUUUAUUCACAAGGUAUGGAGGGCUUUUUGUUCCUCUGAUAGACAUGACUGACUUUUAGCUGUCAUAAUGUAUUAACCUAACAGAUGAAAUAUGUUUGUGGUUGCUCUUUAUCCCUUUGUACAAGCAUUAAAAAACUGCUGUUUUAUAAAGAGACUUUUUGUUGUACUAUGUGCAUGCAUACUACCUAUUUCUAAACUUUGCCAUAUUGAGGCCUUUAUAAACUAUUGAUUUAUGUAAUACUAGUGCAAUUUUGCUUGAACAAUGUUAUGCAUAUCAUAAACUUUUUCAGGUUCUUGUUUAAGUACAUUUUUUAAAUUGAACAGUAUUUUUCAUUUUGGUUAUAAUAGUCAUUUUGCCUAUGUUUCUACAAUGAAGUGUUAAAGACUUUAUAAAAAAUUGUUGACUGACUUAUUUAAAUGAAAUUCUACAUAUUUAA